GUAGGAAUACAACCGGUUGUUGAAUCGCUGUAUGAUAAUGUUUAUGUUGUAAUCUGCUUUUGUGAGUUUGACAAAAUGAUUGGUUUCGCAGCCCUUACGACUUCUCUACCCUCCACUGGGAAAGAGUGGACUGGUAGGAGUAAAGGGAUACAAAUUUCACGCCGUGGACGUAUUCAGGUCGAGAGGCGUGGUAACAAUUCAGAGCAUGUUUUCCGGCGUCGGGCGGAGGCAUCCCUCUUGCCUCCGUGGAUAGCCGAGUUGCAAAAUGGUGGCACUAGUUCUAGCGAUGGAGAUGAAAGUAAAAGUUCCCAGUCUGCUCACGACCAAGGAGAGCUGGUGUUAAUUCCGAGUGCCGAAGCGCUUGCCGAAGGAGCAGAUUUUUUCGAGUCAAU